GCCAUCGAUGUGAGCGGCUCCACGCCGCUGAUGAAUUUCGCAGAGAAGGGAGCCGUACUUCAAGCCUUGCUCCUUCUCGACUAUGGUGCCGAUAUCCAAAUGGCGGAUUUUCAAGGGGGAAACGCGCUCAGCCGGGCGUGUGCCGCUGGCAGGACGGACGUGGUCGUAAGCUUACAUCAAUGGGUGCACAAAAACGACGCUGACGCCGAGAUGAAUCUCUUGCGGUGGGCAGCCGAGGAGUCAGACCAAGCAGGGGUGUGGGAAAUUUUAUUGGGGCAAGGCCUUGUCGACGUGGACCGAAUCAUCGAGGAAUCGAACCGACACACGGCUCUGCACACAGCUGCUAUGCACGACAACCUCCUCCUUGUCGAAAUUUUGCUUGCCCACGGGGCUGAUUUGACCCUAACCGACGUCAAUCAGAACACCCCGUUGCACCUCUCUCUGUUGGAACGGAACCAGGACGUGAGUCGUAUCCUGAUUCGGGCCGGCGCCUUCUUGGACGUGCCCAACCGAUCGAACAAGAUUCCGUUGGAUCUGUGCGCAGAGACGAUGACGCUCUCAGGUAAAGAGCAGAGGUCGGGGAAGGAAGGAAAUGGUCGUAGGAGGGAAUGGGGGGAAGAGAAGCAAGAGAAUUGGCAUGGAUUCGAUGGCCCGCCGGCACGUCGGCAUUUUGGGCGCGAGGGCCCUGUCUGGAGAUGGGCCGCCCACAAUUUGGAAGUCGCGGUGGGCGUCCGUUGUCCGCGUUCAAGCCGCAUGCCUGUCUUUGACGCUGGAAGGAUAGUUUGCGCGUGCCCCUGCCUGUCGUUUGUCGCACAAUCCCCCACCCAAAGAUGCAACCCCAGACUGACACUGCUCCCCCUGCUCUUGCCCUCCUUGCCCCGUCAGAAUUCACCGCCAUCACGGAAGACCCCUGCCACGGCCUGGUUGCCUUAG